UCUAAAGUUUGGCGCGUAUUUUAUUUUAUAAUUAUUUCCGCAGCAGCCAUUAGCAACAGUGCUGGUUUUCUUCUUUCGUGUAACGAUUAGUAACAAUUAAACAUGGAUAUUCAAGCAAUUGAUGUAAAUUCUUGGCUCAAUAGCAAUGAAGUUGAAAAUCUGCAGCAAGUACAAAAUAAUUGGAAUAAAAUUCCCUUAUUGAAUGUACAAAAUCCUCAAGAUCUGCAAGUGAAUAAACUCGUUCGUUUUAAAGGUAUGAUUCAAGAUAUGUUUAACCCUGAAUAUUAUUAUGAAACCUAUGAGGUUGUAAAUAAGGAAACAAAAGAAAAGCAUGUUUUACCUGGAAAAUACAGAGAUACAGCUGUCUGUGAUGAUAAAGAGUAUAUUAAUUUUGAGAGCAAGUCCAAUGUUACAAAAGACAGGCAAACUUUUGUUCUCAUCACUGCACCAGGUUUCAAUGAUUGGGCAAUCAAUGCAGAGGAACAAUUUCAUCAUCCUAACAAAGUCAUUGAAGCACCAGCUGUUUCUACUUCAACUAAAAGAUCAAUGAAUGAUGAAGAUGAACAACCUGAAACUACCUCAAUGGAAGUAGACUCAACUACUGCAUGCAGCAAGAAACAAUGUACAAAUUCAAACAAUCCUGAAACAGAAAACAAGUCAGUUGUUUCUGUGGAUCAUUUACUGAACAUGCCAUUACCUGGCAGAUCUGGAAAAGCAUGCCACUUAAAAGUAUAUGAGAAGGCUGAUAAUUUAAAACUCAAUGAGUUGAUUGAUUGUGUAGGUUUUCUAUCUAUGGAAGGCCUGUACCAGGAGGGUGCAAAUGAUGGUGAUGAUAAUGAGGAUGAAACUUUAAUGGAAUUGCAAACUCAUCACCCACCACCUUCAUUAAUUCCUAAAAUUCAUUGUAUUGCUUUUAAGCAAGUGGUAGAUUCCAGCCCAUUAUAUGAAGAGAGCAACAACAUGUCAGGGCAAGAAUUGCAGACAAUCAAAAAGGAGCUGGAGAUUGUUUUGACACAAUUACUUCUGGGUGAUAAAUUAGCUGCAGAAUAUCUCAUAUAUCACUUAAUCUCAAAGGUUUACAACAGAUUUGAUUUAAUGGUUUUGGGAAAAUUCACAUAUAACAUUUCUAAUGUGCCAACUUGUAUUUUAUCUGAAUAUGGUGCUCAGGUGUAUGCAAUAUUGGAGAAGUUAAUCACAAAGAGUCAUUAUUUACCAAUGACACUGGACAACAUGAAUGAUUUAGCUUUCAUACCAAAGAAGGAUUAUGAUUGCAAUAGGAUAACCAGUGGAAUUCUGCAGUUAAGUAGCAAUACACAUCUUGUUUUGGAUGAAACCAAACUUACUACAGGAAAGAUGAAUUCAUCUGGUGUGCAAGCUGUGGGUGCUAUUUCCGAAAUAAUCAAAAAUCAACGCUCUCACUAUGAUUUUAAUUAUUAUAAAAUGGACUUUGAUUGUGACAUUGCGUUUUUAAUUUUGUCUGAGGGCAAAUCUUUGUUACCAAGCGACGUUCAUGUUCCUUUGAGGCCCGAGGACGCUCAUAUCACUACUUUUGAGGAAAUCCUUGCUGCUCUCAAUGUGUAUCUGAAGCCCGAAUUGUUAACAUCUAUCCGCAAAUAUAUCGCAAAUAGAAGACAUGCUGUGUAUGAAAUAACUGAUAAUAUUCAUGAGGUGGUGCAAAAUGAGUUCGUAAAUAUGCGCGCGAAUCAAAACGCCACCGCAGAAGAUCUACAUUCCCUACUUGUACUUUCUCGUUUUAUUUGCUUAGCAGAUGGCAAGAGUGUUUUAGACGAAUCCUGCUGGAGACGCGCGUGUCAGUUAGAACAGGAAAGGAAAGCGCGUCUUCAAAACUGAACAUCACCACCCGUUUUUUAAAUACAUCUUGUCUUAAGUAUUUUUGUAUGUUUGUAUGCUGUAUUUAUAAUAAAUCUGAAUAAUAUCGUUAAA